AUGUCAUCUGAUCACAAUCCAGUGAUAAUGUCAAUACCAAUACCUACAGUACACCACACAAAAGAGCCCUUAUUACAAACUGGGCAGGAUUAUGCCAAAGCUCUAAACAACACCCAGUACCCAACACAUUCAAUACAAACGAGAGAUGAGUUAGACGCCCUCACUGAAGAAUUCACAGAAGAGCUGCAUGAUGCACUCCUUAAAAACAGCAAAACUGCAAGAGCAGACAAGAGAUAUAAAAACAGCAAAACUGCAAGAGCAGACAAGAGAUAUAAAAACAGUGACAUCAGAGAACUGAUUAGAAGACGGAACCACACACGUGUGUCAGAAACUAAACAAAGCACUUCAAAUAAGCCAGCGGCAAAUGAUACUCAAAAGUCAUCGGAAAGUUCUUCAGUAGCUGCAACAUCAUCUGCACCAAGCAGUGUCCAGAGUUACAGUCCACUUAGUUACAGAAAAUACGAAAUUUCUGAAAACUCUGUUUUUCUCCUACAAUGCCUAAAUUCAAAAUUCAAAUCAAUUUUUAAAAAUUCAAAUACUAACACUCCUUUAUUGGAAUUAAAAUUGACAUCUGCAGAAUUUACAAAACUCAAAGAAAUCUGCUCUCGGAAUAUAGCCUUAUCGGAGAAAUGGGCUGCAAAUGUAUCUGAAAAUUCUGAUGUGUCAAAUGCUGAAAAAGUGCUGAAAGUGAAACGUCCAUAUUUGCAUGAGCUUUUGAAGUGUAUUUCAGAUAAAACUAAGCAAUCAUCUUUGAAUAUCUCGGGAAUCUCUGUUGCAGAUUCAAAGACGUCUGUGAAAACAUACAGUAGGGCAAAGAACAGUUGCACCAAUUCUAAUCAAAUACUUAUAUCAGGAAAAGACAGUAGUCAGCUUCUAAAUGCAGGCAUUAAUUCUAAUAUAAGGCGAUUAUCAGAUAGCCAUCCUAGGGGUGCUAUGGAUGAAUAUGAAGUGUUUUGUGAGAAAGAACAGAAUCUUAGAAAAUUGCUGGAUGCAUUUCCUGGAGCUGACAUUAUGGAAGCACAAGAUAUUUUGGUGAAGUGUAAUUGGGACCUCAAGAAAGCAAUUGAAGUAUCUCGAACAAAACCCCCAAGAACUACUAGAAAGAGAUCUUUCUCUCAAGUAAGUCCAUAUCAGGCUGCUGACUGUCAGGGAGUUUCAGAAAGUGCACAAGUCAAUUCAGGAACUUCACAGAAACCAACUAAUGUCACUGAAGAAAUAGUUUUAGAUAGCAGUGAUGAGGAAAAUAUUGUAGUACCUCCAAAGAAAAAAAAAGAAAAAAAAAGACAUAUAUUGACAUCUAGUAGUGGAAGUGAUAGCAAUGAUCAUUCUUCUGAUUCAAAAAGUAAUGUGUCGAGCACUGCACCAUAUUCAUCAGCUGUAGCAUCAAAUAGUGUAUCUAAUACAAAUGACUUACAAAAAAAGACAGCUCUAACAGUCCCGCAAUCAUUAACCAUAAAACCUGUACCAAAUUCAGCUGCAAAAAGUGAUGAACAACCUGCAAAAAAUGUAUCUGUAUCUAAUGCUAUUCCAAAUCUGCCCAAGGGACUUGUGAUUACUCAGAUUGGAGCUGGCAACUCAUCAGCAAAUCAAACUGAAAGUAAAUUAUCUGAGCCAUCUGUAAAUGGGACGAAAAAUAUUGAUAAUGUGGCAGAAAUGAAACGACAAGCUGAGAGCUCUAACAUUCCAUCCUUCAAAUCUGUUGCCAAUUCAAAUUCUAAAUCUGCACAUUUGGUUCGAAUCAAAUCUUUGAACAGCUCAGUUACUAUAAAGCCAACAGAGAAUUCUGUAGGCAUUAAAACAAGUGAUUCUGUUACAGUGAAUCAAGUGACAAAUAUUUCUGUUAAUAAAUCGGUGAGCAUUAUGCCUGUCAUCAGUAAAACAGUAAGUAUUACUCAUGUAGGUUCAGAAAAGAAAGCAUCUGUUAGCCAUAAUACAGGUGAAUCUGCUAGUUCACAGCAAAAUGCUUCAAAACCAAAGAAUACUAAAAGUAAACGCAAAAAGUAUGACUCUGAAGAAGAAGAUGAUGAAGAUUAUGGAAAUGAAGAUAUUUAUGAUAGUGAAGAUAGUGAGUGUGAAGAAAAUCUCACUUCAGCUCAUAGUGCUGUGCUAAAAUUUUUUCAAGAAUCUUCUGCUGAUGAACUAGGUACUAUCCCUGGGUGCAGUAAAAAGAAAGCCGAGGCCAUAAUUAAUUGCCGUCCUUUCAGUGGAUGGUCUGAUUUAGUUGAAAAGCUAAAGAAUGAUAAAUCAUUGUCAACUGAUAUGCUUAAUGGUGCCAAGAAAGUUCUUGAUAUGAGGAAUGCAAUUACUAAGUUGAUGACAAAGUGCCAGCGGAUAGCAUUAGACAUGGAGGACUUGGUGGAAAAUUUGAAGGAGAACAAAGAGAGUUCCUCUGGUUAUGUCAGUAAGCAACCAGAUUUACUGAAUGAUAGAAUGCAUUUGACUUCAUAUCAAAUGUUAGGCCUGAAUUGGUUGUUACUUAUGCAUAAUCAAGAAGUGAAUGGAAUUUUAGCAGAUGAAAUGGGUUUAGGCAAAACUGUUCAAGCGAUAGCAUUUCUUGCUUACUUGAAAGAAAUAAGCAUUUCUGGACCUCAUUUAAUUGUAGUUCCAUCUUCAACUUUAGAUAAUUGGAAGAAAGAACUACAAGUAUGGUGGCCCACUGUAUCUGUAAUCUGUUAUCAUGGGAGCCAAGAAAGCCGUCGUGAACUACGUAUGCAAAUCCUUAAUGAUGAAGUAGAUGAAUUUGAUGUGAUGAUCACAACGUAUAAUAUGAUAACCAGCAGUGCUGAAGACAGAAGUUUCUUUAAGCGUUUGGAAUUUCAUUACGUAGUGUUUGAUGAAGCCCAUAUGUUGAAAAAUAUGGCUUCUCAAAGAUAUCAACAUCUAAUGAGAGUUAAGGCUCCCAGAAGACUCUUGCUAACUGGUACGCCACUACAAAAUAAUUUAGUUGAACUUAUGUCUUUGCUCAUUUUUGCUAUGCCUCAUAUAUUUUCUGGGAAAACUGAACAAAUAAAGCAGAUGUUUUCAGCUGUGAGUAAAACUAAUGAAAAUAAACUUUCAUAUGAAAAAGAACGCAUAGAUCAUGCCAAGAGGAUUAUGAAGCCAUUUGUAUUGAGAAGACUUAAAAGAGAGGUAUUGAAAGAGUUGCCACCAAAACAUGAUGAAACAAAAUUUUGUCCUAUGGUUGAAACACAGGCUAAGCUGUAUAAAGAGCUGGUUGCAAAAUUUUCUGAAGAAGUUAAAGAUAGGGAAGAAAAGGAAGAAAGCUAUAGUGGGCUUGGAAUGAUGAUGCAGCUAAGAAGAGCCGCAAAUCAUCCAUUAUUGUUGAGGAAUAUCUAUAGUGAUGAUAAACUUUUAGAAUUAUCUAAAUUAAUGCUGAAGGAGCCUACUCACUGUGAGUCAGAUCCAAAUCUUGUGUUCGAAGAUAUGAGUGUAAUGUCAGAUUUUGAACUUCACAACUUAUGUAAAACCUAUAAAACUCUGAAGUCUUAUGUUCUUUCUGAUGAUGAUAUCCUUCAAUCGGGAAAAUUUAAAAUUUUGGAAGAAUUGUUGCCGAAAUUUAUUGAAGAGGAUCACAGAAUUUUAUUGUUUAGUCAAUUUACAAUGGUAUUAGAUAUAAUAGAAGAAUUCAUGAACAUUAAAGGUUACAAAUUUUUGAGGUUGGAUGGACAGGUUCCAGUUGCAGAAAGGCAGCAGUUAAUUGAUGAAUUCAAUAACAAUCCAGAAAUUGUUGUAUUUCUUUUGUCUACAAGAGCUGGAGGCUUAGGAAUAAAUUUAACAGCUGCUGAUACAGUUAUUCUUCAUGAUAUUGAUUUUAAUCCCUAUAAUGACAAACAAGCUGAGGAUCGAUGCCACAGAGUGGGGCAGUUAAGAGAUGUCAGAGUGAUUAGAUUUAUCAGUGAAAAUACAAUUGAAGAAGGUAUUUUGCAAAGGGCCAAAGACAAGUUGAAACUUGAAAGGGAUAUACAUGAGGAAAAUGGAGAGGAAGAAAAUGAUAUUGCAAGUGUUGCAAAGCUCCUGAGAGAUGCUUUGGGUUUGAAAAAUGCAAAGAGUUGAUUUGAAAACUGUUUGAUUUUAAGGACUGAAUCCAUUGCAUUAAGUAAAUUAGAUCUGUGUGUUAAUUCCCAUUGAAAAAUAUUUUCUUCUGCAGCUGUUGAGGAAUUUUACAUUAUGACAUUUUCAGUUAACUAUAAGGCACAUAUGAAGUUGAAUUUAUUGAACACUUGAAAGAAUAUUGUAUUUAUGAUGAAAAAUAACUCACUAGAAGACAUUUUUAGUUUAAAUGUACUGCACAUUCUUCUCAAUACUGUAUGCAUUUACGGGAUUUAAAUUGUUAAUUUUUUUAACAAUUCAGUUUCUGUAAUAUCAGCAUUUUACAUUUUAAAAUUUUAUAUAUGAAGACGUAAUAUUAAGCUUCUGCAUUUGACACUUAGUCACUACCUAUUACCCAUCAUAUAUGUUGCAAUAAGUUGACUGAGAAUUGUUUCUCAGUUGUAAAGAUUUAAAAUCCUUAUUGUAAAUUUAUAUUUUAAGCUGAGAUUUUUUGGUAUAAUUUUUUUAUUUGUAAAAAUUUAAAUGUAUUUUUAACCAGUUUGUAUGCUUUGUAAUUUUAUUAGUUAUUUGUAGUGUUUCUUGUAAUAAAAGCCCUGGAUAAUUUUAAUGCCCUACAUAUUUAAAAAAUAUUUAAUCCAUACUUAUAUUCAAACACCUAAAUGAAAUACAUAGUGAAUGGCAAAUAUCUACAAAUGAAGCAAUACUUUAGUAAUUUAAAAUUUCUAUUCUUAUUGAAAAAUGUAUUUUUUAUGAUGUUGCAUAAAAUACAGGAUAAACAUUAUCUUCUGAUUUUGUUAGAGGAUAUGUAUGAUUGCAUUGUUGAAAGAGAAAAUGAAAAUAUUUGCUGUGCAUUGUUUUGCUUUAAAAGUUGUCUUUUGUACAAUUGGUGCUGAUGUCAUCAAUUAUGCUAAACAUUUAUUUCUUCUUGGGAAGCAACAUUGUAUAAAUCAUAAUAGAAGAAUAUUCUAAAAGCUUUUGAAAUAACUUUUAUUAUUUCCGAGCGAAAAUUAAUUUGUGCUAGACACAUGUUUUGGUAAACACUGGGUUGAAUAAACUAUUUUGAAGGAAUACUUUCAUUUUUAUUUUGCCCGAUGUCUAAAGAAAUAAUUUUUAGACUAUAAUGGUGACGUGGAAUAGCUGGCAUUCUGUUUUUAUUUCUGUAUUUGCACAUAAAAUAAUAAAAAUGGUGUGUUUAUCUUUGCUGUUAUAUAUAUAUAGUUUAUUAAAUUUAUAGUUUAAAAAGAAAUUCAAAAUUUCCAGUGUAAAAGG